AUGACUCCACGACCACUAUACCUCGUGACUUUCCGUACAGGUCCAUCCCAGCGAAAACAUUUCGCUAUAUUCCUCCCUAACGAAGGUGAUUCCCAACAAGGGACGGUCAUCCAUGUUGUCGGUGCCCCAAUGGCCGGAUACCAACACGAGUUCAAGCGGAAUUACAACCCUUUCACCAGUGCAAUCUUUCAUACUGUCACAGAGAUUGCACAAAUUGACGAUUGUCAUAUUGCCAACCCCCAAACCAAGGAUUUUCAAAAGGACAGUACACCAAAAGGUGAUCUCGAGAUCGCGGCUUCUCAGGUCCGCCCACCUCCAAUCAGUCAGAACUUCUUAGCUCCAGUCGAUGGCGUGACCAACAAGCGAUGCCAAGAGUGGACUGUGGAGUUCGUUGACAAGCUCAUCGAGAAAAACUACAUUCAUGCUCAAGCUCGAGAGAUCGUGCAGGCUCACCGUGAUCCCCCAAGUCACGGUGUUGGCCUACAGCCUGCUGGCCGAGGACGCGGAGCCGCAUGA